AAUUGCUAUGUAUUGAAAACCUGUAAUUCUUUUUAUAUCAGUAAGGUAUUGAACACUUUCUAUUAUUUUUAUGGCAGUAUAGUUGUGACAAAAGUAUAACGUAAUGGGAUAUAUCUUCACUACGGAAAUAGAAUAUUGGAUACAACAUGGAUUUUACUAUUGGUAUACGUCAGAAAUAUUCAACGAUGAAGUGAAAAUAUUCAAACUCACUGUUUGACCUAUUUUCCGAUUGCUAUCAUAAACAACAUACAUAGCCAUAGAGUCGUUCAUGAAUGAACUUGUCAUCGAAUGAUACAUUUUGCAGUUCUUCUUGGCUGUUGUUGGAUCCGACACAAUUUUGAAACAAAAACGUUAAUUCGUUGGAGAAAAGUUAUUUAACACGGAGCUAGAUUAACUUUUCCAACACCAGAGUAUUGACAUUUGAUAUAUAUCAGUCAGGCGAUUCUACGUUAUACAGCAUCGCGCCAUAUUGGAAUUUUUCCAUGCUGUCCUCAACAAAAUGUUCCUUGUUCAUGUCGCAAAAUGAUACAUUGAAGAUAAGUGUUUCAGAAGAAUUUCUACUACGAAGGCUCAUUGUAUAGCUAAACUGUAUGAAGCAUUGCGUUGUCUACAUACAUCGAGUUAUUUCAACAUUAUAUCACAGUCCUAACGUGACCACCAUUAUUUGGUAAUGUACUAAUCGAGAUGCCAAGUAUGAGCAAAACAGAAGCAUUAAUCGGUGCUGUUCAGCGUUUUUGGCUCACACCCCGUGUUAUUAAACUCGCUUUUGUCCUCAUCAAUUGCGCAUAUCUUUUCUUCCUCAUCGGAUUCUCUACAAAUGGCUGGGUCUCUCGUUCAGGUCAAAGUUCAAGUUACACACAAGGGUUGUUCAACCACUGUGUCGUUUCCGGUAUCUUCACAUGCUGCCAGACACUCAACUCACACCUGAGUGACAAUAAAACUGAUGGAGUACCAGCAUGGAUCGACUUCACAAGAGUGAUCCUUUGUUUUGGCUUGAUAUCGUCAACUGUUGCCAUGAUGUACAUAUGUUCAAUGAUGAACGUUGAUACAGAGAACUUGAGAAGGGUACUUUACCUGGAGAGGGCCUGCUACGUCACUUCAUACAUGUCAGGUGUGUUCUUGCUGCUAGGGUCCGUGGUUUACGGAUCAAAGUUCGGGAGAGACCACUGGCAAUCCGGAGCUUCCCUUCACGGUUCCUAUGGUGUAACCACAGUGGCCGGCAUUCUAUUCGUACUGGCAGGAAUUGCUACUUCCGUCACCAACAAGCGAAACAGAGUUGCAGACGUGCCAGUCCAGCGGGCCAACUUGCGGCAGGCACAAAACCCGAUACCCCCUGUUCCUCCUGCCCAGAAUACAGACGAAAAUGUAUGCUGUGUUUGCCUGGAAGGCACUGUAAAUGUGACGUUUCUGAAUUGUGGACACACAAGUUGCUGUUACAAUUGUGCCAACAACCUUAAAAAUUCAACCAAGAUCUGUCCGAUAUGUCGACAGACUAUCAGAGACGUCGUCAGGAUAUUCAGAACAUGACGAGAUCACACGCACAUGAAACUUCAGACAGGGUUCAAUACGUGAUCUCCAAUUCCUGUCAUCUAUGUUUUAAAGUAAUAUUUUUUUCCAAUUUCAUUGUAUAUACUUAAAUAUAUUUGUGUAUACAGGGUUAUCCUAUCGCAUUCGAUGUGACUUACUUACUGUUUUCGGAAUAAUUUAGCUAUACUCUUAGUUUAUAUGGAAUGAUUUUAAUGUCUACGUGCAAUGUUCCGGUAUACGGUGACAUUAAACUCCCCACAAGUAUCAAUUGUUAAGGUAUGUCUAGAUGUUAUGAGUGUUGAUUUUAAUACGACAUUCAUUGCUAUAUUGACGUUUUACACUUUUGGUCACACUUUCGGUAGUUCCGUUUGUUUUUGUGAAUGUUAAAAGGGCUUCUGUUGACAUCGAUAAAAUAUCCAAUAAAUACUAAACAAUCAAAAUGAAAAACUAGAAAUUAUUGGCUAACAAUUUGACGGGCUUUUCAUCGUUAGGACUAGUUUGGCCUUAACAUCUCAGCAUCUUACAUAGGCCUAUUUAAUAUCAAGACUUUUGACCUUAAACAACUUCAGAGCAAGCUUUAAAAAGUUUGUUACCCAAAAAAGUACAUUUAAUGUUUGACUCCUACCGAAAACCAAAAGUAGACCUAUGACACAAAAAAAAAUCCUGAGAAAAAGAUAUGAUUUAAAGAAUAAAACAAUUAUUAAUCAAACAAAUAUAUUGGAACGUAAAAUAGUAAUAAAUAGGUAAUAUCCAAUACCCUUCUUCCGGGCAAAUAUGCGUAUAUAGUCUAUUUUUAUUGUGUAUCUGUUGAUUUUACUGUACAUGUUGUUUUUUUUUCUGUAUCCGAGGAAAUUUUACUACUUACAAGGUAUUGCACUGUAUAAAGGGUGGUUUUAUGUUAACAGAAGUAGUAACUGUUUAUCGUGUUAAUAGUAUUGUAUACGGUGGAAUUUUACAGUAUGCGGGGCAUUUAUUUUUAAAACAGUGUUAUUUUCGCGUUUAGAUAAAUCGUCAACUCAACAAAAAGGCGAACAAUAAAAUACAUCAAAAAUAACACAAUGCUAUUAGAAGUAAGCCAUUAAAAUAUGACAUUUGUAAAAAUCUCCGAUAUCUCAUUUAACAACCUGUUUUCAAAUUUACGUAUACUGUUUUUCUAUUUAUGUAAACCCUGUAGUUAUAUUCAUGUUGAUUCUUCUUCAGUUUUGUAUCCAUAUCCUGUCUUAUGUUUAUAUAAAACCUGUCUUCAUUUUCACGUUUAUUGUCGUCAUAUUCAUGUUUAUUUUGUCUUCGGUCAAGUAUAGAAGUACAUAACAGCUUUAAUAAAGUAAAUAACUAGUUUGUGUUACAUAUGUUAUGAAGGGGGAAACGUAAUACGAAUCUUGUUACAGUUCUAAAUCGACCUAAUUUUAUGUAUAUAUAUCCUGCUUUUGGGUUAUUUCAUUUAAUCUUUAUAA